AUGGAUGCUUUUCGUUCUUCUCUUGAAGGCUGUAAUUUUUCAGAUCUGGGAUAUUCGGGGAGAUUGUACACUUGGGAAAGAGGCAAAUUUCCCUCUAACAACAUUCAACAAAGACUCGACAGGAUUGUUGCUAAUUCACACUGGAUGGAGGCUUUCCCUGAUUUUUCUGUUCGUCGUCUUACUCACACCAUUUCGGACCAUUGCCCUCUUCUUAUUAAUCUGGCUGCUGAUUUCUCGGCUCCCAAUCAGGCUCAGUGUUUUCGUUUUAAUGCAGACCGGGUUCUCGAAGAAGAAUGUGGAGAGAUAAUUUCCAGCUUUUGGGCUAAUAAUAAUCAUCAUCUCCCUAUUAAACUGAAUCUGCUUGGUAUUACUCUUCAGCAGUGGAUCUCUUGA